AGUGUGUGUGUGGGUGUUGGAGGAGCGGCCGACAGAUGGCACCAGUGGCUUUGUUGAUCUCGGAUUGUCUGUCAGUAUUGGGCCGAGACCAACUGAAACUUCCACCCAGAGGCAAAAACACGGCUUCAUUGGAGCCUCGCAGCACAGUGGUAUCUCGUUGGGCUCGAAACCAAAGGGCUCCUGGUGUGAGGCCUGCGGGAGAAGAAACCUUAGGUAUUAUGGGGAGUUUAGGUGGUACUGUUGCCAGAAGCAUCGAGAGUCGUGGUAUUGCAAGUGGUCCAAGUGUGGGGAACCUCGUCAGUAGUGGAGGCGGUGGCUCUGGCGGACCAAGUUUGGCAGCGCUGUCUUCAGCCGUGGCAGCAACGCACAACACCAACUCGCUAUUCAUGGCGAAUAGUAUUCAAGCGACAGCUGCCACACAACAACGGGCCGUGAGCGAAAUGCUCAGACAUAUGCAAGGCAUUGGAACCAGAGGUUUAAGUGGCUUUGUUGGUAGACAGUAUGGCAGUGGAGGAGGGAAUAACAUCAUGAGCCUCCAUAGCAAUUUUGGAGGAGAUUCUGCCCCACCCCCACUAGAUUUAACUGAAUUUCCUUCACUCUCUUCUCGAAACACUGAUAGUUCUCAACCAAACCCAAUGGCUGGCAGACAACCUUAUGUUGGUAUGGUUAAACAGCCUACACCAGAGACCUCAGAAUUCACCAUGAGCAGUGAAGACUUUCCAGCGUUACCAGGCUCUCAAGCAAAUCCUACCGGUAAAAUCUUUUCGCCAUUUUCAGAUGAUGGGUUUUCUAAUAACGAAAAGAAAUCGAAUUCUGCGACGGGUACAGACACCCCUUCAGAUUUGGUGCUGCGGGCGGCAGAAAAGAGUCAGUCUCAGAAAAGAGGAAUUCAAACAUCACCUGACGGCAAGGUGACCAACAUUCCUGCGGGCAUGGUGACAGAUCAGUUUGGUAUGGUGGGUCUCCUCACGUUUAUCAGAGCAGCAGAAACGGAUCAUAACCUUGUCUCUUUGGCGUUAGGGUCUGAUCUUACUACUUUAGGUCUUAAUUUGAAUUCUCCAGAAAAUCUUUACCCUAAUUUUGCUGGCCCUUGGGCGGAAACACCAUGUAGACCGCAAGAUAUUGACUACCACGUACCCCAAGAGUAUCUUACAAAUCAACAGAUAAGAGGAAAGUUAGCGCCUGUCAAGUUUGAUAGAUAUGGAGAAGAUCUCCUCUUUUAUAUGUUCUACUCUAAUGCUGGAGAUUUACUACAAAUUCUUGCCGCAGCUGAACUGUAUAAUAGAGACUGGAGAUACCACAAGGAAGACCGUGUAUGGAUAACCAGAGCACCAGGGAUGGCGCCUGUCGAUAAGGGUCCAAAUUAUGAGCGUGGGACGUAUUUUUAUUUUGAUGCUCAGAAUUGGCGGAAAGUUCCAAAGGAAUUUCACCUGGAAUAUGACAAGUUGGAAGAGCGGCCGCACAUCCCCACCCCAGGCGGACUCAUUCACACGCCGACGUCAUCCACUCUGUGACCACCCAUGACUUCUUGCCAUGCCCAGUACCAUCCUCGCAGAGGAGCCUUAGCCCAGUUUUUGUGGUGGAAUCAAAUUGCUAUUUAUUAACUAUUUUGUGACAAGACUUCAUUUAUAUGAACUGAAACUUGACCUGUCCAUUUUAAAUCUUCCAGUUGUAUUUAUAUACCUGAUGUACAGUCAAUAUUAUAAUAGAAGUUUUGAUAAAACAAAUCCCACUUAAUUUACCAUAAAAACUGGGCAUUUGCACCCAUAAAAGCCACGAUGUUUUGCCAGCAUAGCUUAGAUAAAAGUGCAGCUGUUGAAAGCACAAGACCAUUGGGCAAUCAGUGAUAACAGGGGCACAUUGAGUCAGACAGUAUUGAAGAGUUUAUUUUUUCUUUUCUUUUUUUAUUUAUUUUUCUAUUUUGAGAUUGUAAUGUAUUUUAGCAUAAUGCUGAAGUAGCAAUAGAUUUCUAAUAUGGCCCUGAAUAAUACAAAUACAUGCUUUAUUUUAAAGCAUGCUCAAAUAUUUUACUUGAAGUGUCACUAGCAGUAAUGUGGGUGAUUUAGGCCCUAAUUGCUCUACCAGGUUCUGGGCUACUUAACAAAUGUACAGUUACUGUGUCAUUGUGAUGCAAGGAGCAUUGGGCACCUUUUUAAGUGGCCAUUACAGUCAAGGAAUGAAUAACCCAUUAGAUCUCGGGUUGUCUUAGUGUUCGUCGCAGGAGCUGUACUCGGGUUUGUUUAUUGUGAUGUUCCACCAAAUUUUAAUGUAGAUUCGGUUGGCAUUUUUGUGCUCUUGGCCCGAGUGCCACAUUUGGAUGCAUUAUCUUCCACCAAUACUAGAUUAUGUUCAGAAUUUAUUUACAAGAAACCUGAGCUGCUUUCUAACAUUAGUCAGAAUUAAUCCUUAUGACCCUAUUAUGAUUUUUGGCUUCCAAGGAAGAUCCUUCUAUAGUUUUUGUUAAUUGGCAUCUUUGCAACAUUAAUUUAUGAUAAAUUAAUCACUAAAUGUUAAAGUAGGUUGUUGGUGAAUUUGUAAGAGGAAUUUAAGACAGAAUGGGACAGAAAUGCUGUGUCUUAAGCAAUUUACAUAACUGAGUUGGUUUUGAGAUUGAUAUCUAAGUCAUGUUAUUUCCCUAAUUUUUAAGUUCUAGUUUUUGAAAUGUUACAGUCAAACUGUGCAUCACUCGGCAAUCUAGUACUUAAAAACUUAUUUCCUUUCUCCUGUUGUAAAUCUAGACAAUAUACUCGGUUCCAACUCAGAUGAAGACAGUGGACAUGAAGCCCAGAGUACUAGAAAGCUACAUCACAACCUUGUCUGUUCUUUCCUAGUAACUGUGUUACGUUGUAGCAUUUACGAUCACCGUACAUGGAAAUAGAAAAAAUGUACAUACACAAAUUACUUGAUAAGUAAGGGAUGAGAAUACUUUAGGUAAUAUUAGUGCCUGAAGCUAAAAAGAUUGUAAGAAUUUGAUGGCUAAUUUGUUGAAAAUUAGUUCAAAAGUGGGGGGUUUUAGAUGAGCACUGAGGGCUUUCAAAAGGCUUCACCCGAAGGCUUGGCACAUUUUCACAAUUCUAAUAAUGCUUAUGAAGAGUACAAAACAAACGUGACUACACAAGGAAAGACCAGACAAGUUUUGGUGUGUGAACUGAGCAAAUAAAUUGUAACAUGAACCUAUUCCUUGAUGUUUCUUCUUGAUGUAUAAUUAUGUACACAGUCAAUAUUAUUCUGUACCAAAUAGAUCUUGUUUUACAGUAAA